CACGCAACCUCUAGAUCAACAUGGGCCUCAAGACUGCUGUUCUCGGCGCUGCUGGAGGCAUCGGCCAGCCCCUCGCUCUCCUCCUCAAGCAGAACCCGGCCAUCACCGAGCUCGCCCUGUUCGACGUCGUCCCCGUCGUCAAGGGCGUCCCCGCCGACAUCGGCCACGUAGACACGCCCGCCGUCACGACGGGCUACGUCAAGGACGAGGACGGCCUCAAGGGCGCCCUCACCGGCGCAGACCUCGUCGUCAUCCCCGCCGGCGUCCCGCGCAAGCCCGGCAUGACGCGCGACGACCUGUUCAACAUCAACGCCGGCAUCGUGCGCGACCUCGCCCAGGGCAUCGCCGACUUCUGCCCCAAGGCCUUUGUCCUCAUCAUCUCGAACCCGGUCAACUCGACCGUGCCCAUCGCUGCCGAGGUCCUCAAGGCCGCCGGCGUCUUUGACCCCAAGCGCGUCUUUGGUGUCACGACUCUCGACGUCGUCCGCGCGUCGACCAUGUCGGCGCAGGCCAUCGGCAAGCCCAACUCGGCACCCGAGUACACGAUCCCGGUCGUUGGCGGCCACUCGGGCGUCACGAUCCUCCCGCUCCUGUCGCAGGCCCAGCCGGCGCUCCCCAAGUCGCUGUUCGACGACGAGGCCAAGCUCAAGGAGCUCGUCAAGCGCAUCCAGUUUGGCGGCGACGAGGUCGUCCAGGCCAAGGCGGGCGCCGGCUCGGCGACGCUCAGCAUGGCCUACGCCGGCUACAAGUUUGCCGCGCAGCUCAUCAGCGCCGCGUUCGAGGGCAAGACGGGCGUCGUCGCGCCGAGCUACGUCUACGUCAAGGGCAAUGCCGACGUGACCAAGGCCAUCGGCCAGGACCUCGCCUUCUUCUCGGUCCCUGUCGAGCUCGGCCCCAACGGCGUCGAGAAGGUGCACCCGCUCGGCGACCUGACGGCGUUCGAGAAGGAGCUCCUCGAGGCGUGCCUCGGCGAGCUGCCCGGGUCCAUCUCCAAGGGCGAGUCGUUCAUCCAGGGCUCCAAGCUCUGACUCGCCGGCGCAUCGACGGGCGCGAGCCACAAGGCGAGGAUGUGAGAGGAGGCGUUUCCUCCACCUUGGACCCCAUCUGCCGCCUCCCUUUCUCUCUCUUUCUUUCCCUUCCUCUCUCUCUCUCUCUCUCUCGUUCUCCUCCUUCUGGGCCUCUCGGACCUCUUCCUCGCCGUCGACUCGUGAAAAUGCAGUGCGCGUUUCUGU